AAAUUGGAGAUAACCCAUGGGUUGGUCCAGACCCUGAAAAAACCCAAAAUCUUGAGUGAGGCACUAUCGUUCGCCAUUUUCGCGGCAACGGCAGUAAGACGCCAUCUCCAACUCGUUUGUGAUUUCCCUAUUCAUGAAUCUCGUUUUGUUCGUUUGGUUCCCUGUUCAUACACUGGUCACUCUCCCUCAGAAUCUGUGAUUGCUCAGGCCCAGGCCCAAAGACGAAGGGAGUGCAUGAGGGGAGAUCCAUGUCUAAACCAAAGCAAAGCAAAGCAAAGCAAAUGCCAUGUUAGUGGAGGUUCAGCUAUUAAUGUCCCUGGCACUACUGCUUAACAAGUGAAGUAGAGACAGAGUAGCCGGUGCUGCAGGCGAAAGUGAAAGAAUGCAUAUGCAUGGAUUCCGAGGAAGGGUUUUUCUGCGCUCAAUUUCACUUUGUAAAUCAAAGUGGCAUCAUCACCAUGUCCAUGGAGGUGAAAUCCUUUUCUCUCGAAAUCUCACCACCACAACAGGUCUUGAAUUUAUGGAACCUGUACCAGGAUUGUCCAUGCAGAUGCAAAUAGUCAAGGCACUCUGCUUGGGUGAGAGAAGAAAGGCUUCAGACUUACUUUCUGGUUUUGGUUCUGGAAGCCACUCAUUAACAGCUGACAAUUUUGUUGAUAUUUUAAAGUACUGUGCACGGUCUCCUGAUCCAUUGUUUGUUAUGGAGAUUUGGAGAUUCAUGGAGUCAAAAGGAGUUAGCAUGAACAAUAUAUGCUUAUCUCUUAUGAUGCAGGCCCUUUGUAAAGGGGGUUACUUGGAAGAGGCCAUUGAUAUGAUGGAUUUGCUUGGAGGAAGUAAAUGUCUCUUUCCAGUUCUCCCACUGUACAAUAGUCUCUUAAGAUUCUGCACGGAAAUGCAGAGUAUAAUUCUAGCAAGAAAAUGUUUGGACUUAAUGGAAAAGCAAAUGAUAGGAAAGAAUGAAGUUACUUAUGCUGAGCUUCUCAAGCUUGCAGUUUUGCAGAAAAACCUGCCUGCAGCCCAUCGUAUUUGGCAGGAGUAUAUUAAAAACUACAGUCUGAGUAUCAUUGCUCUGCGUAAAUUCAUUGGGUCACUUACAAGGUUAGGAGAUUUAGAAUCUGCGUAUAAAACACUACAACAAAUGGUGUCAUUAGCCAUCAUGGGAAACAUUUCUGUUGCUGAAACAGUUUAUGGGAAGUUGUAUUCUACAAGAUUGGACAUACCUGUUCCUUCAAAUAGAGAGGUGGGCUCAACUAUUUUGGACUUGGAGGAGAAGAAACAACUGGGCUCUUGUAUACACCCUCCUCUUUUGUAUUUGCCAGAGAGUAUUUCUGCAAGUACAGAGCAGAAAAAUAUUUUUGCGGCAAAUAAAAAUGCUAAGAGUGCUGAAAUAGAUGGGCUAAAUGGACAAAAACACUCACUGUCUAUGAAGGUAUUGAGAUGGUCCUUUAAUGAUGUAAUACAGGGUUGUGCAAAACAAAAGAAUUAUAUGCUUGCAAGGAAGCUUAUGUUACAGAUGCAAAAUCUUGGUUUGCAGCAAUCCAGCCUUACAUAUGAUGGCAUCGUUAGAGCAUUUGUUUCUUUGGAGGAUGCCAUGGAAGUGUUCGAAAAAAUGCAGCAGAAAAAUUUGAAGCCAUAUGAUUCAACUCUAGCAACACUUUCUGUCACUUGCAGCAAAGCACUGCAACUAGAUUUAGCGGAGGCUUUGUUGAAUCAGAUUUCUGAAUGUCUAUAUCCAUAUCCUUAUAAUGCUUUGUUAGCAUCAUGCGAUGUACUGAAUCGACCUGAACGUGCUGUGCGAGUGUUCGCCAAAAUGAAGCAAAACAAAAUUGCGCCUAAUAUCAGGACAUUUGAGCUUCUAUUUUCCUUAUUUGGUUUUGUAAAUGCCCCAUAUGAAGACAGUAAUGUGCUGUCACAAUUGGAUGCUGUUAAAAGAAUAAGAGCCAUAGAAAGGGAAAUGGCAAAAAAUUGCAUUCAGCACAGUCAUCUUUCAAUGAAAAACUUGUUGAAAGCCCUUGGAGAAGAAAGGAUGAUAAGAGAGAUGAUCCAAUAUUUAAAUGUGGCAGAGAAUCUUUUCAUUCAUAGAAACCCUUCAUUGGGAUCAGAUAUGUACAACAUAGUGUUGCAUUAUCUUGUUGAAGCCAAAGAAAGUGAAUUGGCGGUUGGAAUUUUCAAGAAGAUGAAGUUAUGUGGCUGCCACCCUGAUUCUGAAACAUACAAUAUAAUGAUUGACUGUUGUAGCCUCCUAGGAAGUUACAAUUCUGCUUGUUUGCUGAUUGCAAGGAUGAUACGGGAAGGGUUUUGUCCAGUGACUUGUACAUAUACUGCUCUCAUUAAGAUUUUGUUGGAAGAUGAGAAUUUUAUUGAAGCCCUGAAUCUUCUGAAUCAAGUCAUAUUGGAUGGCAUCCAACUUGAUGUGCUGCUGUUUAAUACUUUUCUUCGACAUGCAUGUUACAAGGAAAGGAUCGAUGUAAUUGAGUUUAUUGUGGAGUGUAUGCACCGAGAGAAAAUUCAACCUGAUCCAGCAACAUGCGGCUAUGUUUUCUCUGCAUAUGUAAACUCUGGUUUUCACAAUACAGCAAUUGAAGCAUUGCAGGUUUUAAGUUUGCGUAUGAUGUCUGAAGAUGGCAACAUACUUAGAGAGAAGAAAAAUUUUGUGAACGAAUUCAUCCUUGCUGAAGAUUUGGAUGUUGAGUCACAGAUACUCAAAUUAUUUGAAGAUUCUGAAGAUGAACUUGCAGUUGGAUUGUUGAAUUUUAGAUGGUGUGCCUUAGCUGGGUUCCCAAUCUGCGAGUCAGCUGAUCAAAGCCUGUGGGCUAAAAGACUGGAAGGAAAGCAAUAGUACAUCUGAGUCCCAUCAAGACACCCAGUUAGAUACAAUUGCGUGAUGCUUGUAAUGGAGUCAAUUUCCUGUGGAAUGGAACUGUGUCAUUACAUUCCAUGAAUAGGCUAAAUGCCAUUACAGGUGAAUUUUCACUAGGGAGGCCUCCAUAAAAAGGGAUUUUUUUUUUCACUCUCCUGUGGUGCAUACUCCCUUUCCUUAAUUAAAAUAAUAAUACCCAUUUUUGUAUGGUAUUUUUUCCUUACCUUAAAUUUUUUAAAAUUAAUAAAAAAGAAAGCACCAAACAAGGAAAUCAACUGCAAGGGAGUAUGGAUUCAGGAGAUCUGAAAAUAUAAUCCUUAAAGAGGUUGGGGGUUCAGUACCGCGGAGAGACACAUGGCUCUUGCCAGGUGUAAAAUUUUCAAAAGAUAAUUUAGGUUCUUUUUGGUUUUAUCAUAUCCCAUUUUCAUUUUCAACGAAAAUAGAAACAAUAGCGGGAAUAUAUUUGGUUAUUCAAUCUUAUUUUUUUUAGAAAACAAGCCGUUUCUGGAAAAUUU